GAGGAACAGAAGGUUCGCAACUCUCGGAGUACGUGAGAGAAAGCAUCGGAAUCCAGCUUGAAGAUGUCAUCCGAGGAAGAAGAACCAUGGGAAAUGGAAGAUUGGAUUGAUGAGGAGGAUCCAAUAGAGGUUAGUUCAUUGACUGGUCCAGAAACUGGAUCUACCGCUAGUGGUCCCUCUGUUAACCUUCAGGCACAUUCAGAGUGGCCUCCUUGGGGACAAGUGCAACCUCCAGCCGAGUCUUUUGCAGCUGACUUACGGCAAGAAGACUGGACUGUGAGACAGUAUACCUGCUUAUUCACUCGCGGUCUUGAGGAGAAAAGGAAAGCUGGUCGUGUGAGAUCAAGACAAGCGAUCACCAGGAGUUAUAUUCUUGGUUUCAACUCCAAGAUUCGGGAACACAUGCUUCGCUAUUAUAAUGACGAUCGCCAGUAUACUGCACUAUUGGAUAUUGCUGAAGCGGUCGAAAGGGUGAUCGGUAUCGUGACACAAUUGAACAUUACAAAGCUCAUCACCUACAAAUUCCCGACGCUUUCAAGGAGGAGUUGUUCGCAUGUGAUGAAAUAAGGGGUAUAUAUUUCGAGGAGUGUAGGCUCCGGAAUAUCGUUCCGGUGUGGACCUUCUAGGGUGUUCAUACGAGUGGCGCAUUCGACUCACUAGAGAGAGAGAAGGUCUAGCUCACUUAAAUUGUGAGAGGUCGUAUUGGACGAUUUUUCCCUUUGUCUUUGUGUUACUACGUAGAAUUAUGGGACUGUAACCUAAAUAAUUCGCACUCUUGCAUCUUUUGUUAUGUGUGGUGUCUAUUCGAAACUUCGUCGGAAAGUUGGGAAGGAAACUAAAGAGAGAAGCAUCCUACAAGGAGAGCUAGCCCGUCUUCGGAUUCUAACCGCUUUCCAAUAAUGCGUGUCACCGGUAAGGAUCUUUUGAGGACUGCAAGUAUUUCUUCCUUACUAAUAAAUACGUUGAUUUCUAUUCUUUUGUUUGGUUGGGGUUGUCUUACCCUUUCCUACUUUGCUAGAA